CAAGUGGGAUAAUUUAAUUUUGUCGUAUAAAUAACUCUUUAUUCAACAUUGUCGGCAAAAUUAUUCCCAUUUCUUUCUGAUAAAUUAGGGUUUGCGUAGUCUCAUCUCUCUUCCUCUCUUUCCUUCCUUCCCUGCGGGUAAUCUCGAAGCAGACACAGAGAGAGAGAUGGGUGGAGGAAACGCACAGAAAUCAAAGAUGGCUCGUGAGAAAAAUCUCGAGAAGGCAAGGCAGGCUGGGAAAGGAAGCCAAUUGGAAGCAAACAAGAAAGCUAUGUCGAUUCAGUGCAAGGUUUGUAUGCAAACAUUCAUCUGCACAACCUCGGAAGUGAAAUGCAGGGAGCACGCCGAGGCCAAGCAUCCCAAGGCAGACGUUGUCGCUUGCUUCCCACAUCUCAAGAAGUGAUGAAACUAUCAUCUCUCGCAAAAAAGGAUUCCAAUGUAAAUGUAUGGAUCCUUCUUCUACUAUGUUUGUAUCAUCAAGUGUCUUGUGUCAACAAGAUUAGUGGUUCUGUUUCUCUUUCUACUUAAAGACCUGUUUCAACAAUAAGUCUCUUGCUAUUAUAAUUAUAUCAUGAAUGGAACUUCUUUUGAUGGUUUUUA